GUAGUGCACUUGGAAGACUGAAUGGAUUAAACAUGAAGAGCCUGAAAGCGAAGUUCAGGAAGAGUGACACCAAUGAGUGGAACAAGAACGAUGACCGACUGCUGCAAGCUGUGGAGCAUGGAGAUGUGGAGAAGGUGGCCUCGCUGCUGGGGAAGAAGGGGGCCAGCGCCACCAAGCAUGACAGUGAGGGGAAGACUGCUUUCCAUCUUGCGGCUACAAAAGGACAUGUGGAAUGCCUUCGGGUCAUGAUCGCACAUGGCGUGGAUGUGACAGCCCAGGACACAGCCGGACACAGUGCUUUGCACCUCGCUGCCAAGAACAGCCACCAUGAAUGCAUCAAGAAGCUCCUUCAGUCAAAAUGUUCAGUCGAGAGUAUUGACAGCUCUGGGAAAACAGCUUUACAUUAUGCAGCGGUGCAGGGCUGUCUUCAAGCAGUGCAGGUUCUCUGUGAGCAUAAAAGCCCCAUCAACCUCAAGGACUUGGAUGGAAAUAUACCACUGCUUCUUGCUGUACAGAAUGGCCAUAGCGAGGUCUGUUGGUUUCUCCUGGAUCAUGGAGCAGAUGUCAAUUCUAGGGAUAAGAAUGGAAGAACGGCUCUUAUGCUGGCUUGUGAAAUUGGCAAUGCUCACAUUGUGGACGCCUUAAUUAAAAAGGGUGCAGACCUAACCCUCAUAGACUCUCUUGGACACAAUGCCUUACAUUAUUCUAGACUCUCAGAGAAUGCAGGAAUUCAAAGCCUUCUAUUAUCAAAAAUCUCUCAGGAUGCUGAUUUAAAGACACCAACAAAACCAAAGCAGCAUGACCAAGUCUCUAAAAUAAGCUCAGAAAGAAGUGGAACUCCAAAAAAACGCAGAGCUCCACCACCUCCUCUCAGUCCUACCCAGUUAAGUGAUGUGUCUUCCCCCAGAUCAAUUACUUCCACACCACUGUCGGGAAAGGAAUCCAUAUUUUUUACUGAACCACCCUUCAAGGCUGAGAUCAGUUCUAUACGAGAGAACAGAGACAGACUAAGUGACAGCACUACAGGUGCUGAUAGCUUAUUGGAUAUAAGUUCUGAUGCUGACCAGCAAGAUCUUCUUGUCCUGUUGCAAGCAAAAGUCGUUUCUCUUACCUUACACAAUAAAGAGUUACAAGAUAAAUUGCAAGCCAAAGCAUCCAAGGAGGCAGAGACAGACCAGAGCUUUGACUCUUUUCAUUCCACUCAAACAGAGUUGGCCACAGCCCAGGGGAAAGCUCAGGAAACCUGUCCCCCUGAAUCCAAAUCACCUUCAUCUGUCUUAGCACCAUCCUCGAAUAAAUCCUCCUUUGACGGAGAUGUCAGAAUUCUGCAGCUCCAAGAGACUCUGCAGGACUUGCAGAAGAAGCUGGAGAGCUCUGAAACACAGAGGAAGCAGCUCCAGGCUGAACUCCAAUCCCAAAGGACAGAAAUGAUAAGUUUACCCAAUGCCCAGAUUUCAGAAAAUGGCUCUGACCUCAGCCAGAAACUUCAAGAUACUCAGAACAAGUAUGAGGAGGCCAUGAAAGAAGUCCUUAGUGUGCAGAAGCAGAUGAAGCUGGGCCUGGUCUCACCUGAGAAUGUGGAUAAUUAUUCCCACCUCCAUGAGCUGAGGAUCACUAAGGAGGAGAUAGAUGAGCUGAAACAGGAUCUCCAGAACGCACGAGAAGAAAGUGAAAGAAAUAAAGAGAAAGUGAGAGAGUUGGAGGAGCGGCUUGGAGAGCAGGAGCAGGGCGUGGAAACAAAGCCACCAGUCGAAGACUACGAGGAAAUGAAAAGUUCCUACUGCUCCAUGCUCGAGAAUAUGAAUAAGGAGAAAGCAUUUCUGUUUGAGAAAUACCAAGAGGCCCAGGAAGAAAUCACGAAGUUGAAAGAGACACUUAAAAGUCAGGUGUCCCAGGAGGCUGGGGAUGAGGCUGGAGACAUGAAAGAGGCCAUGAACAGGAUGAUUGACGAGCUCAACAAGCAGGUGAGUGAACUGUCCCAGCUAUACAAAGAGGCGCAGGCUGAGCUGGAGGAUUACCGCAAGAGAAAAUCCCUAGAGGAUGUGACCUCAGAUUACAUCCAUAAAGCUGAGCAUGAAAGCCUGAUGCAGGUGACCAACGUCUCCCGGGCACAGGCAGAGGAGGCCCUGGCCGAAAUGAAGUCCCAGUAUUCCAAAGUGUUAAAUGAGCUGAACCAGCUCAAACAGCUGGUGGAUGCCCAGAAAGAGAACUCUGUCUCCAUCUCAGAGCACUUGCAAGUGAUCACCUCAUUGCGGACGGCAGCAAAGGAGAUGGAGGAAAAAGUGAGUGGCCUCAAGGAACACCUUGCCAGCAAGGAGGUGGAAGUAGCCAAGCUAGAGAAGCAGCUCCUGGAGGAGAAGGCGGCCAUGACCGAGGCUAUGGUGCCCAAGUCUGCCUAUGAAAAGCUCCAGGCAUCUCUGGAAAGUGAAGUGAGGGUGCUGGCCUCAAAAUUGAAGGAUUCGGUGAAAGAGAAGGAGAAGACCCAGUCAGAGGUUUCCCAGGCUAGAAGCGAGGUCUCACAGCUGAAAAGGGAAAAGGACAGUGUCCAGACCCUCCUAAAAUCCAAAGAGCAGGAAGCACAUGAGCUUCUGCAGAAAUUCCAACACACUCAGGAGGAGCUGGCAGAAAUGAAGAGAUAUUCUGAGAGUUCUUCAAAGCUAGAGGAGGAUAAAGAUAAGAAGAUCCACGAGAUGUCGAAGGAAGUCACCAAAUUGAAGGAGGCCUUGAAUAGCCUGUCACAGCUCUCUUAUUCUGCCAGCUCAUCCAAGAGGCAGAGUCAGCAGCUGGAAGCACUGCAGCAGCAUGUGAAGCAGCUCCAGAACCAGCUAGCGGAAUGCAAGAAGCAACACCAAGAGGUCAUAUCCGUUUACAGAAUGCAUCUUCUGUAUGCUGUGCAGGGCCAGAUGGAUGAAGAUGUCCAGAAAGUCCUGAAACAAAUCCUUACCAUGUGUAAACAUCAGUCUCAGAAGAAGUAAAAUGGAUUCCCUGGCAGGACACUGCCCCUUGUUGUCCAUCUAUGUUAGUCCAAACCAGUUGGCCAGCAUGGCCUCUGCUCUCCUGUGUGGUGUGUGCUGUGACCUAGGGUAGCUCCUUCCUUUUACAAAGGCUUCUUUCUCAGGAUGGUCCCAAGAGAAGACUGACCUGGGAACUGCUGAGGAAUUGCCAAGCAGCUAAGGUGACAGGCCCUUAGCCCAUCAGAUUCUAGAUAUUCCUAGCCUGCUACUGGCUGGUGAACUUCAUCUUUGUAUAUCAAAGCCUUCAUCUUUGAGGGCUGCCUCAAUUCAUCUCUCUGAGCUGUGCUCUCAGCAUGGGAGUACUUGUUUUGCCCAUGGUUUUUAGUCCCACACCUCAACUUCAUUUCUUACAAGACCGUGUGGCCCUAGUUUCUAUGGCACUAGUUUCUACUAGUCACAUUCUUAAGACCCUUAGUAACAAAAGCCUAUGGAUUUGAAACUCAAAUUUCAUCUUCUGUCCCCAUUUGCCUUAUCUCUCAUAUCCCCACUUGCCCACCACACAGUUGGGUGAGCACCAAUCAUUGAAUUAUGAAACUUCAAAACACAAACCAGUUUUCUUUUCAAUUCUUCUUUGAUUGUUCACAUAUUGUAGAGCCUCUAUGCACACUUGCCUCCUGCUGUUCUCUUUAAAGCUCAGGAAAUCUGAACAUUUGUGUUUCAGCAAGGGACAGUAAACAGCAUGUUUACAGCCAAAAGAAAUGCCUCAGAGUACUUAACCUCAGUUUUUUGAAAGUGUUUUUAUUUCUCCUUCAACAAUAUUUUUAUUGGCUCUUAAAGAGAUGUUCCUAUCUAGUCCCCUCAGUAAGUGAAAUUUACUGUUAGACUAUAUUAACAAAAUAUUUUUUAGAUAACCAUGCUUAAGACCUUCUCAAGAUACAACUUUUUCCUCCCACAUUUUUGGCUAUAGUGAAAGGUAGUUAAGUAUUUGGAUUCCAUGUGAGCUGCUGCCAAUAUCCUUAGAUUUUUCUGCUGUUGACUUUGUUCUCAAAAUGUCUGCAUAUGACUAUCUCUUUUUUAACAUGCUGGAUAUUUCUAAAUUCCCUGGAUCUAGGGGUACCCAUAAAUGAUCUCUGGAAGGGCUAUAGGACCAAACAGUUUUUCACCUUGGAAACUACGACAUUACGGUGCCUAGCAAAGAUCUUGGCAGAAACUAGUCAGUGUGCUUUACUUUCGGGUUAAAAAUGUUUCAAACAUGCUUGCAGCUUCCCUAAUGGCAUCGAUCCUAUUGACAGAUGUAGACUGAGUAUACAAAUUGCUGUAAGGUUUAUAACUAGAAAUGUAGUCCUGCCCAUUAGCCCAGGUACUGCAGGGCUUCCUGGCUGCACCGACUCUCGGCUCUACUGGAUGAAGUAUUAAACUCUGUGAGAUGAUCACCAGCAACAGAUGGCAAAGCAAGACAUGGCUUUCAAUCUCGAUGUUACUUAAGUCAUUUAUAGGUAGCCAAGUUCAUAAAUGCUCCAAAGAAAUGUGAAGACUUUUUGUCACUGCACUUAAAACAGGAAACACCACCUCCUUUUAGCCCCACCCAGCAGAGAAAUGCUGCAGAGUUUAAAACUUGAGACAUUUUCUAGGAUGCCUAACAGAGUGUAGCCUUUUUAUCUUGUUUUAAGGAUGCAUAUUUAUUACAAGUACCCUGGUUAAAUAUUAAAAAGUUAUAUGAUAUAUAGUUAGUAGUUUGCCUUUGUAAUUUACAGAAGGUGUUGCAGAAAAUAAACUUGGUUUCAUUUUGCA